AUGGCAGAUUCCGAUGAAGAAUCCGAUCGCCGUCGUAGCCGUGACAAAUUUCGUCGUGAACGUAGUGAUCACGAUGGACGUCGCCGUCCUGGUGAUAAACGGGAGCCAUUUGACGAUCGAUCAGGUACUGCAGGGGUAGCAGUAGCUCGAGAAGAUCAUCGUCUGUCUGGUGAAGGUCGAAAUGACAGUGGACGAUCACCUGCAGAACCUCCCUAUAAAAGACUUCGUAAAGAUAACAGCGAUGAUUACAAACCAAGUUCAUACCAACGAAAGGAUACCAAAAGUUCAAAUACCUCAGAGUAUGAUGGUAUGUACAGACCCCCAGUUAUACCGUUUAAGCGGUUUCUUGAUCCUUUGGAUGACUUGAUUACUGAAGAGGAGGCUUGUACUAAAUAUAAGGAGUACAAAGAAGGUUAUAUGAAGCGUCACACCGAAGAAUUCUUUGAUGCACACAAAAAUGAAGAAUGGCUUCGUCUUCGUUAUCAUCCUGAUUAUAUGAAUGAAAGAAAAGCAGCUCUUAGUGCAGCAGUCAAACAUCGUUUAGAUGUUUUCAUGGAGCUUUUAAAUAAAGGCUUUCUUGAAAAUCAAUCUGUUCAAAUGGACAAUAGCGAGAAUCUCAUCAAACUUAUGGAUGCUGUUGUUAUUAAACUUGAAGGUGGAUCUGAUGAAGAUUUAAAAGUACUCGAGGAAUCGGAUCGUAAUAAAUAUUCAGAUGAAGAAUUAGUACAUCAAUCUCAGUCUUCUGGACCGAUUUCUCGUGAAAAUAAAAGUGAAGGAGAAGCUGAAUCCGAUGACGACUUUGACCAUGAGAAGCCUAACUCAGGACUUCCGAGAAAAGCACCACAAGAAACUCUCCACACUGAAGGUUCUCCUGCUGCAAAGUGUCGAACAACUAACCGACGUACACGAACUGAAUCAAACAAAUCUGGUAAUUCAGCUGGUUCACAGAGUAGUCAGAGUAGCGAUAGUGAUAGUGGUUCUUCAAGCGAUGACGAAGUGGAUGAAAAGACUGAAUCCAAAAAUGAAGUUAAGCCGAAAAGCAUGGAACUCACUGGUAUUCAUGACCUUGUAAGUUCGGAAGCUGACGAAAACGCCGCCGCCGACGACGUCGACGACGAUGUACCUACUCCUACAACUGCUGAGUCUCCACAAGGAUGUAAAAAUGAAGAUUCUACGGUUACUUCAAUGAUUAUUGGCUCCUCGGUCAAUGAUACCUCUGUUAAACAUCCAGUUUUUAACGAUCCUCCUGCUCCUCCUCCUCCUCCUACUACUACAACUGGUACUCCUCAGUCCAAGUGUGCAAAUCCACCAAAACUAUUACAUAAAACUGCGUCUAUAUUCUUUCGUGCAUUACCUCCAACUAUUACGGAAAGUGAACUUAAAGAGCUUUGCGCUUCUCAACCUGGUUUCAUAAGACUAGCUUUGUGGGAACCUGUUCCUGAACGUCGAUUUAUGCGACAUGCAUGGGCUACAUAUGAUCCUUCUGUGAAUAUUAAAAAAGUCUGUUGGGCAUUGAAUACUAGUAGUUUAUUACGUGAAAAGUUGGAUCUACCAAAUGGUGAACUUGGUGCUACAGUCAAUCGUGAUUUGGCGCAGCGAGUUCGUCCUCUUACUUCUCUAACACGACAUAAACCAGUGAUGCGACAAGAUUUACUCUUGUCCGCUCAACUUGUUGCACGUUUAGAUGCGAAACACAAUUUAUGGAAUCAUUUAGAAAUUCCUGAUAGUACAAAUGAUUUGAAUACUAUUGAUAAGAUGAAAUUAAAUGGUGAUUCAAUAGAAUUGAUGAAGACCAGUUAUGAUGAUACAGCUUUAGAAAUGGCUAUUAAAAGUAAAAAUCCAUUACUUAAAAAUCUGACUGAUUAUCUUGUUGAUGAAGGUGGAAGUGAAGAAGAAGCACUGAUAGCGGAAACUCAAGCAGAUGGUGAAGUAUGUGACAAUAGUAAUAAUAAUAAUAACAAUAAUAAUACUAAUAACAGUAAUGUUGGACGUGUUCACACAGUCACAUUAGAAUCGGAUCCUGAUUUAGCUCGCACACUAGAUCUUCUCAUUUUAUAUUUACGUAUUGUUCAUUCAAUGGAUUAUUAUGCUGGAGCUAUUUAUCCUAUGGAAGAUUUAAUGCCACAUCGAUGUGGUAUACUACAUGCACGUGGUGAUCGAGGCAUAAAUCCUUCAAUAGUGCCUAGUAGUGCGGGUGGUGGUGCUGGUGGUCGUUCUGGUGGUGGUUUAGCUUUUACUCAACGUGAAAUCAAUGAUCAUUUACAGAAUUUCGCUUUAAAAUUGCGUACACUCAUUGAAGUCCCAAAAGAUUUAACUGAAGAAGAAAUGAAAAAGCUAGGUAUGCGUGAUCCAGAAAAAGCUGCUGAAGAAUUUGUUGAAGCUAAUAUUCAAAAGAGAACAGGAAAGAAAAAACCUUUUUUUUUAAAUUGUCUUGUAAUUGAUUGGCUCAGUUGGUAUUUUUUCCCUCUCUCUUUAUCCCAGGACUAUUAUGAUGUGGCAGCUCAACAACAACAACAACAACAUCAAGCUAUGGCUGCGGUGGCAGCAGCUGCUGCUGCAGCUUUAUAUCCAAACGCCGCGACGGCAGCUGAUUUGUAUGCAUUAGCUGCAGCAGGUGCACCUCGUACAGGACUUGGAAUGUCUAGACCACGUGGUCAACGUGGUUCUUCACCAUCACAUGAUUUCAAUCAUCGACCAUAUGGUGGUAGUAAUAAUAGUCGAAGACAGCCGACAACUUAUGGAGCAAAUAGACGCCCAAUCGGUGCUGGUCCCGCGACAACGACUGGUGAACGAGCUAUGAUAUCGUAUAAUGAUUUAGACGAUCCUGGAAAUGAUGUACUUUAA